UUUUCAAAGCCAGAUGGUCCGGCUGAGAUCGACGGCCUAAACCACAGUAGUGGCUAUAGUUUGAGAAAAGACUAUUUCAGCGUACCGUGCUCAUGUAGAUGUAAGAAUACAAAAGCAAGCCCUCCUUAGCACUGGAUCGAUUUGUUUACUACUGCUGAAAUGUCGGGGUUUCCACCAAUUAAUCAGAUUGCUGGACAUAAUUAUAAUGUGUAUGAGGCUUAUUAUAAGCAGGCAAAUCCUUCAGGUACUGCAACUCUAGGUGCAAAUGAAGCAGCUUUUCUUUUAAAAAGAAGUGGCCUUAGUGAAGGAGUUCUGCAUGAUAUAUGGGAACUUGCUGAUAUGAACUCAAGAGGUUACUUAGAUAAGCAGGGGUUUUUUGUAGCAUUGAAAUUAAUUGCCCUGGCUCAGUCUUCUAAGGAAUUGAAUACUGCAAACCUUACUCUGAACUGUCCUGCACCUAAGCUGGGAGAGUCGCCAAGACCACUUGCCCCUCCACCAUCCGAUGCUGGAAACUGGAUAAUCAAGCAAGCUGAGAAGCAGAAGUAUGACGGAAUUUUCGAGACACUGCAGCCUGUCAAUGGGUAUGUUUCUGGAGACAAAGUGCGACCGGUGUUGAUGAACUCAAAAUUGCCAGUUGAUGUUCUUGGAAGGGUUUGGGCAAUGGCCGACAUCGAUAAAGACGGAAUGUUAGAUAAAGACGAGUUUGCAGUUGCAAUGCAUCUGGUUUACCGGGCACUUGAUGGAGAAUCUGUUCCGACUGUUCUUGCAUCCGGACUUGUACCUCCUUCCAAGAGGGCGGUUGCAUCUCAAGCAGCUGUGGUAUCGUCAAUGUCAUCAGGAAGUUAUAGUCCAAGGACCUCAAGCAUAUCAUCGGCUCCUGUAGUGGCCGGGAAGACUUGGGUCGUUACCGCGGCUGAAAAAUCGAAAUUUGAUGGUAUGUUUGCUCAGGCUGAUACAAACAAAGACGGAUUGGUUUCGGGCCCUGAGGUGAAAAAUAUAUUUAUUGCAUCUGGACUCCCGCAGCAAGUUUUAGCUCAUAUAUGGGGAUUGUGCGAUACCAAGAAUGCUGGCUUGUUGAAUGCAGAACAAUUUGCCCUUGCCAUGCAUCUUAUUGCCAAAAAGCGAAACGGUGUGGACCCGCCGAAUCAGCUAACUCAAGAAAUGAUCCCGCCUUCGAUGAGAGAAAAGGACGACAUGACGUCAUUGUCUUCAAAUCUUGCUGCAUUGCAAGCGAAAGAUUUUGCCGCUAUCAAGGAGUUGGAUCAGAUAAGCCAAGAGAUCGAAAAACUUGGCCGGGAGAAAAUUGCUCUACAACAAGAAAUCGAGCAAACAGAAGACAACAUUAGAAAAAGAAAAACAGAGAUCGAGGAUUUGCAAGGUGAGAUUGCAAAAACAGAGAAAGCUAACAAGGAAUUGCAGCUACAGAAGUAUGAGGCUUCGGAGAGUCUCGCCAGCCUGGAUAAAGAGAAAGAGAAAAACGACGGGUUGCUAGAGGUUCUCCGGCAAGCAUACGAGGAUGAAAAGCAAAUACUAGCAAACCUGAAAGAUCAGAUUUCAUCUCAGGAAUCCAUUCUUAAGAACCAAGAAGAGGAAUUUGUUACUGCUCGAAAGGAGCUGAAUGAACUCAGGGAAGAGGAGUCAAAGCUAGAGCAGCAGGUGCAAGCAGGAAAAACGCAGUUAGAGCAAAUUAAAAAAACACUUGCAACAACCAAAAAUGAAGUAUACCAGAUGAAAACGAAGGUAUCCAAGCUAACAGAAGAAAAUCAAACCGUGAAUGCGUCUAUCAACCAAUUCUCUUCAAUGACCAAUAGCAUUUCAUCAAAUAGUGCCUCUAGUACCCCUGUUCCAAUCGGCGAAGGCCUGAGUGCUUUGCCGGAGAACCUCGAAGCAACAUUCGCCCAUUCCGAUGUGGAUCAGAUCAGUGCCAGAGCAACUGCCGGUAGCAGCCCGGUUAGCAGUAUAAGCGGUUUCAGCGUUGGUUCCGGGUCAGGCCGGGUUGAUGAUGCCAAUGAUGAGGAUUUCAAGGAUCAAGAUCCUUUUAAACCGAAGUCGGAUGUAUUCAGUGGCAAUGAAUCAGAAAACGCAGAUCCAUUUCAUACAGAAGACCCAUUCAAACAGGAUCCAUUCAAAACAGUCUCAUUCGCAGGGGAUCCAUUCGCAGGUGACCCCUUCCAUGAAAAAGACCCAUUUCACACAGAGCACGAUAAAAAUGAGGAUGAAGUAGACCCAUUUAAAUCCGAUCCAUUCAAGCCAGUUGCCACAUCGGCUGCUCCAAGUUCGUCAUCAACAACACAAGCAAGUAGACCUAUGGAAUCAGCAGCGGAUCCUUUUAGUUCACUAGAUCCAUUCGGAAGUGGCGCCUUCGCAGCUCCAAAGACAUCAAAGUCUUCAGCGUCAGACCCGUUCACCUCUGAUCCGUUCGCACCCACUUCUGCCGAUGAUGCAAGCCCAGCAACAUCUAAAAAGUCGUCAGUUUCCUCAUCCCAUGCAGGCGGUAAAGAUGAUCCGUUCUUUGGUGGCUCGAGUCAGUCCGCUUGGUCGGAUCCAUUUGGAUCCGGUCAUGAUGAUCCAUUUGGAAGCACCGGUACAGCCUCAGUUGGCAAGGCUGAUGAUCCGUGGUCAGCAUUUGGUGAUGAUACUCCGAAGUCAACGGGUAACCAUAAUGGGCAGGAUCUUGACUGGGCAAAGACCGAUCGCGACAGCGAAAGAAAAAACGACAUGGAUAUCGCCUUAGCUUUAAAACAAACUGUUGAAAGCUCAUCAGAAGCGUAAAUUCAAGAUAUGUUAGAAAACUAUUAUUACUGAGAACACUAAUGCUCAGUUGUACAGGAAUUCAAGGUAGAAUAGCUCGUUUAUAUGAAUGAUGAAAGUAGAUCCUCGUAGUAAAUCAAAAUCAUAAAAUUAUUACCUUGGUUACAAAGAUAUUCAAAUUACUAAUUUCAUGUACCCAUUGUUCUCACGUUGUCUCGUUCCUCAAUUGCAGCUGCAUGCUGCAUUUGGGAUUAAUUCGUUGCUCGUCAGCAGGCCCGCCGAGAGCUUUUUUGGGCCCUAGGGCGAUAAGAAAGAUGAGGCCUCUGGUUGUUGUUUAUUGCUAGAAACUUCGUUACAACUUCUUCGUUCCCCUCUCUACUCAGGGACUGGGUUAAGCUGCCCCUCAUGCCCCCUCUCGGUGGGCUGCUCGUCAGAAUUUCGUAAUACAUAGAACAAUAAGGCAUAUGAACGCUGUAGCGUUAAACUCUCGUGAAACUCGUUGUAUGCAGUAAAUACUUCAGUCUUCAUUAGCAGCUGUUCUACAAAAUGUUUAUCAACUCCCCUAAUGCUCGAUUUUAUCAUAAUUUUUGUACGCUAUGCAUAACUCUACUAUAAGUGAGCGUGUCGACCUAUGUUUUUAACAUCAGUUCAAUGUAAUGCUAAUUUUGCCUCGUUUCGAUUUGAAGCAACCCUUGAAGCGAAAUAUUUGCUUAUCUAAGAAGAGCCAUUUAAAAUUAAUGAAAAACCUGAACAGAUCAAUGUCUGCGGAAUCAGCAGCUAAUUUAUUUUUUAAUCUUUAUUGUUAAUGACGUCAUUCGUUUAUGUAGUUUUUUUAAAUUUACCAUAUGGUUAAUUGAUAAAUGUCCAGUAAUCGGAAAACGGACAGUGUUAUGUCAAAUUACAAGAAAGGGUCUAAAGCUUCACCUUGUUGGAUUUAUGCUGUUAUUGAUUUUGAACCUGCAUUUUCCGAUGCAUUUUGUGAUCAGUGUGUUUGUACUGGGUAUAUGGGUUAGACCGUACAUAUAAUUCAUUUAGUAUACACCGUUUCUUAGACACGCGUAUGGUUUUGCGUUCAAAUUAUGUUCAACAUACUCAGUUACUCGGGUGUUAGCUCGAUUCAGUGUUACCUUUCUUGCUUUCUUUCUUCUUUUUAUUUUAAACAAUCUUCUGGUGGUACAAAACUUGUAAAUGGCUUUGAAAAAAGCAAACAUUUAGUAAACUAAAGCUUUCCGUCUGACACUCUUCAGAGUUUGAAACGUCAGAACAUAGAUCGAAAACUCUACGCUAGGAAAUAUAUAUACCCAGUUGUGGAUCGAAAUAG